AUAUAUAUUUAAAAUUUUUUGUAAGGUACAUUGAAAUUUGGAUUUAUUAGGUUUUAUUUUGGGAAAAUAAUCUAAAAUAGAACUUAAAACGCCAGUCAUCCAAUCAUACUACAAUCGGCCAUGACAUCUCUCUUUCUCUCUCAUCCCACCGGCGCCGCCACCACUACAACAUCCGCAUUCAAAAAUCUCUCCUCCGGAAACCGCCGUUUUUACCUCAAUUUUUCCCUCCUGCAUCUUCCAAAACCUAACCGCCAUCAUUUCUCCAUUGUUCAAGCUACAGUUUUCUCUAAAGAAGAAACACUCACUAACAAACCUAUUCCUUCAUCUUCUUCGCCUUCUUCUUUGAAACUCGUUUCUACCGAUUCUCUUCAGUAUGAGAGCGGUUACCUUGGCGCUGUUCCUGAUUCUUCGUCAUUGGAUUCAGAAGUGGUGUCUGCCGCCUCUAUGGAGUAUUUGACGAAUAUUUUGUUGUCCAAAGUUUACGAUGUUGCUGUUGAGUCGCCAUUGCAGCUCGCUGAAAAAUUAUCUGAGAGGUUAGGUACUAAUGUUUGGCUUAAAAGAGAAGAUUUACAGCCGGUUUUUUCAUUUAAGUUGCGGGGUGCUUACAAUAUGAUGGUAAAGCUUCCUAAGGAGCAAUUGGAAAGAGGGGUUAUAUGUUCAUCAGCUGGGAAUCAUGCACAGGGGGUGGCUUUGUCUGCCAAGAAACUUGGGUGUGAUGCUGUGAUUGCUAUGCCUGUGACUACACCAGAAAUAAAGUGGAAAUCUGUUGAGAGGCUGGGUGCCACUGUUGUGCUUGUGGGUGAUUCAUAUGAUGAGGCACAAGCAUAUGCAAAGAAUAGGGCUGAAGAGGAGGGUCGGACAUUUAUACCUCCAUUUGACCAUCCAGAUGUCAUUAUGGGGCAAGGGACUGUAGGCAUGGAGAUUGUGAGCCAAAUUAAAGGCCGUCCAUUGCACGCAAUCUUUGUUCCCGUAGGUGGUGGUGGACUCAUAGCGGGUAUUGCUGCUUAUGUGAAGAGAGUUAAACCAGAGGUCAAAAUUAUAGGGGUGGAACCAUCUGAUGCCAAUGCAAUGGCUCUGUCGUUACAUCAUGGGGAAAGAAUUAUGCUGGAUAAAGUUGGAGGAUUUGCGGAUGGUGUAGCUGUUAAAGUGGUCGGGGAGGAAACUUUUCGGAUAUGCAAGGAAUCGAUUGAUGGUGUUGUUCUUGUUAAUCGUGAUGCCAUUUGUGCCUCCAUAAAGAACAUGUUCGAGGAGAAACGGAAUAUAUUGGAACCUGCCGGGGCUCUUGCCCUUGCUGGUGCGGAAGCUUAUUGCAAAUAUUAUGGCAUAAAGAAUGAAAAUGUUGUUGUAAUUACCAGCGGGGCAAAUAUGAACUUUGAUAGGCUGAGAUUAGUCACUGAACUUGCGGAUGUUGGUCGGCAGCGAGAAGCUGUGCUUGCAACUUUUAUGCCUGAAGAACCUGGUAGUUUCAAGAAAUUUUCUGAGAUGGUGGGACCAAUGAACAUUACGGAAUUUAAAUACAGAUUUAACUCCGCGAAAAAAGAGGCUUUAGUUCUUUACAGUGUUGGCCUACAUACUGUUACUGAACUUGAAGCAAUGAAGGAACGCAUGGAAUCUUCUAAGCUUCGAACUAUUAACUUGACAAACAAUGAUUUAGUUAAAGAUCAUUUACGGCAUUUGAUGGGAGGCCGAUCAAAUGUCCAAGAUGAAGUUCUUUGUAGGUUUGUCUUUCCAGAAAGACCCGGAGCUUUAAUGAACUUCUUAGAUGUGUUUAGCCCACGAUGGAAUAUCAGUUUGUUCCAUUACCGCGCACAAGGUGAAACCGGUGCCAAUGUAUUAGUUGGCAUCCAAGUUCCUUCGUCCGAGAUGGAUGAGUUUCGGCAGCGGGCUGAUAGACUUGGAUAUAUGUAUGCUAUAGAGAGUGACAGUGAGGUCUAUGAUGUUUUGAUGCGUUGAAGCGAAAUGAAAAGAUAAAAAGUAAAUUAGAAGCUUUAUGUUGGCGUCAACAGUAUGUCUGAAAAUAAAUAUGGGUCUGCCAAGUUAUUGGGUAAACUAGCUAGUAGCUACUAUUCGUGAAGCUUUUUUCAAGGCGUAGAAAUUUAUAGAAAUUUGCUUUUGCCUGAAAGUUCUGCAACAUUUAUUUAUUGCACUCGUCUUCAACGCAACUUCAGAAAAACAGAUUAUUCA